AUGCAUACACGAACGAUUCUACAGGCGGCCUGCGUAGUAGGAUCGACCUAUGUAAACCUGAUACAAGCCCAGACGCUGGCUAUCAACAAUGUCGGUGUCAUCGACAUGGCGACGGGCCAAGUCCAGGAGUCGCAGAAUAUUCUAAUCAAUGGCAACACGAUUGUGAGCAUGCAAAGCGAAGCGAUCAAUCCGGGGGCCGAGAACAAUUUCGAUGCCACGGGCAUGUUCGUCAUGCCUGGACUCGCCGACAUGCACGUCCACUUAUACUUUAGCAACAACCCAGCGAGCUUCGCGACGACGGAUAACUCGGUGCUCCCCGCGCUGCUAGCCAACGGCGUGACGACCGUCCAAGACCUCGGCAGCAACUGCGACGCCGUCAAAAACACAGUGCUAAGAAUCGGGCAAAGCCAGCUGCUGGGCCCGCGCAUAUUCACAACGUGCGAGAUGCUCGACGGCGCGGACUCGCAAUUCGAAACGGUCAAGAGGCUGGAAGAUCCCGAAGCAGUGGAAAGCGAGGUCCAGAACCUCAUGGCGCAAGGCGUCAACAAGAUCAAGGUCCACCUGCGCCCGAGCCGGCCCGUGUUUCAAGCCAUAGCAGCAGCGUGCCAAAAGAACAACAUCAUGUUUGGGGGCCACGUCCCCGACUCGAUCGACGCGCGAGAGGCCGUGGACCAGGGGAUGAACUUCAUCGAGCACAUGAGUCGCAUUCCGCCCGACGACGCAAACCUCACCCAGACGAUAGGCGAGAAGCAGCUCUGGGUGACGGGUACGCUCAUCCAAGGGCCGUCGCAGCGCCGCCUCGGCCUGGCCAACAACUUGCGAAUAGCCGGCGCCCGGAUGCUCGCCGGCACCGACACGCCGCAGGGGCGAGGCCUCUGUCCGAACGGCGCCACACACACGGAACUCAAGCUGAUGGUCAAGGCGGGAUUCACGCCGCUGCAGGCGCUUCAAACUGCGACAACUAAUGCGUACGAGUCCUUGAAUAUGCUUUCCCAGCUGGGGGCGAUUGAGCCGGGAAAGAUGGCGGAUAUGGUCUUGCUGAGGGGGAAUCCGGUCGAAAACAUCGACAACAUUGACGCGAUUGCCGGAGUUGUUGUGAAUGGCACACUUCACGACAAUGAGGCGCUUGACAAGAUGCUCAGUGAUGCCGACGUCGUCAACCAGUUGCCAUUUGCGUGUGGUAACAAGAACGCCACAAAGCCUAGGGCUGCUGCAUGUUGCUCGGUCUAG